ACAGGAGGGGGAAAGUCAGCCCUAGCCAGGGCUUGCUCUUUCAUUUGUUAGCUCCCACUGGCUCUGCCUGCCACCGCACCUUUGCCGUGUCCCGUCACCCUCCCACCGCUGCGCGCUCACGUGUGAUUGGGCAAUGUCGAGAGAUUAAAGCUAGUACCGUUAGCGAAGGGGAGGGGAGCGCGAGCCGAAACGCCUUGCUCCGCUCAGCACGCAGGCGCCGUGCGGAGGAGCUCUGCUCAGAACCAGGGAGGGGGGCACCUCACUGGGGCUGCCGCGGCUUCAGGGCGGGCUCGGCUGCGGCGGGUGGCCAGAGCUGCACCUCCCGGGCCCGCCCCCUCAGCACCACCCCCACACGCCCCUCACCCUCACCCAGCAGAGAGUGCGGGCGAGAGCGCCGAUGUUGUUCCAACGGGCCCGCGGUGGCAAAUGAGCUCCCCAUGCUUCGCUGUGGCGCACCAGCGACGGCCACGACUGAGGGGAGCGGCGUCCCAGCGUUGUUGGCUUUGCCGCCCUCGCUCCUGAGCCUUGAGGGACGAAGAGGAGAGCAAGGGAGAGCGCCUGGUAGUGGCGCCGGCGGCGGCGGCGGCGUUGGGGCUGGCUGCGAAGACGGGAGAGCGCUUCUCGAGCAACCGGAACCAGGAACACUGCUGGGAUUUAAUACGGGCGCUGCUGAGGGAUGGUGUGUCCCUGAAGGACAGGCAGGGGAAAGAGAAGGGAGAUCGGAGUGAGCGGAAAGACCCGUCGUCGGGGCACUUCUUUGGGAUCCUCGGUUAGCCUCCGACCCUUCGAAAACUGGCUCGAGUAGGAAGAGACUUGCUGCUGCUGCUUGAAGCUUCCUGGGAGUCCUGGAUCUACAAAAAGCGACCACUUUCUUCUUCCUGCUUUUUGGAUUUUCGUGGUCUUCUCCUGGUUGUUUUUUUAAAAUACACGUUCAGAAUACCUAGCUUAUCUUAUUUACAAAUAUUGCACAUAAUCGCUGACGUAUCCCAGAUGGCCAAUUCCCUCAACGGCCGGAACCCAGGUGGCCGAGGAGGAAACCCCCGCAAAGGGCGUAUUCUGGGCUUCAUUGAUGCUAUUCAGGAUGCAGUUGGCCCCCCCAAGCAAGCAGCUGCUGAUCGCAGGACUGUGGAAAAAACUUGGAAGUUAAUGGAUAAAGUGGUAAGACUGUGUCAGAAUCCAAAACUUCAGUUGAAAAACAGCCCACCUUACAUACUUGACAUUUUACCAGAUACCUAUCAACAUUUACGACUUAUAUUAAACAAGUACGAUGACAACCAGAAACUUGCACAGCUGAGUGAAAAUGAAUAUUUUAAAAUAUAUAUUGACAGUCUUAUGAAAAAAUCAAAACGGGCGAUAAGACUUUUCAAAGAGGGAAAAGAGAGAAUGUAUGAGGAGCAGUCACAAGACAGACGAAACCUCACAAAGCUAUCCCUCAUCUUCAGUCAUAUGCUUGCAGAAAUCAAGGCUAUCUUCCCUAAUGGUCAGUUCCAGGGUGACAACUUUCGUAUCACAAAAGCAGAUGCUGCAGAAUUCUGGAAGAAGUUCUUUGGAGAUAAAACCAUAGUGCCUUGGAAGGUGUUUCGGCAGUGUUUGCAUGAGGUGCAUCAGAUUAGUUCCGGUUUAGAAGCAAUGGCUUUAAAAUCUACGAUUGAUUUAACUUGCAAUGAUUACAUUUCUAUUUUUGAAUUUGAUAUUUUCACAAGAUUAUUUCAGCCUUGGGGUUCUAUAUUAAGGAACUGGAACUUCUUAGCUGUGACACAUCCUGGAUAUAUGGCGUUCCUGACCUACGAUGAAGUUAAAGCACGGUUACAGAAAUAUAGUACCAAACCAGGGAGCUACAUUUUCAGAUUAAGUUGCACUCGUCUAGGGCAGUGGGCUAUUGGAUAUGUUACUGGUGAUGGAAACAUUUUACAAACCAUACCUCACAAUAAGCCUUUAUUUCAAGCUCUGAUUGAUGGCAGUCGGGAAGGAUUCUAUCUCUACCCGGAUGGACGAAGUUAUAAUCCUGAUUUGACGGGACUAUGUGAACCCACCCCACAUGAUCAUAUAAAAGUUACACAGGAACAAUAUGAACUGUACUGUGAAAUGGGUUCCACGUUCCAGCUUUGUAAAAUUUGUGCAGAGAAUGACAAAGAUGUGAAGAUUGAGCCUUGUGGGCAUCUGAUGUGCACAUCUUGCCUCACAGCAUGGCAGGAAUCUGAUGGUCAGGGAUGUCCUUUCUGCCGCUGUGAAAUCAAAGGAACUGAACCCAUAAUUGUGGACCCUUUUGACCCCAGGGAUGAAAACACCAGAUGCUGUAGCAUUAUGGAUAGUUUUAGUAUACCCAUGCUUGACUUGGAUGAUGAUGAUGACAGAGAAGAAUCCUUAAUGAUGAAUCGAUUGGCAUCUGUACGAAAGUGUAAUGAAAGGCAGAAUUCCCCUGUGACCUCCCCUGGAUCCUCUCCACUUGCACAAAGAAGAAAGGCACUUCCUGAUCCCCUGCAAGUGCCCCAUCUUAGCCUCCCACCAGUGCCUCCUCGACUAGAUCUCAUUCAGAAGGGAGUUGCUCGAUCCCCAUGUGCCAGUCCUGCUAGCUCACCAAAGUCUUCUCCGUGUAUGGUGAGGAAACAAGACAAACCCCUUCCUGCACCACCACCACCUGUACGAGAUCCUCCUCCGCCUCCACCAGAAAGGCCCCCACCUAUUCCACCAGAUAAUAGAUUAAGUAGACACUUGCAUCAUCCUGAAAGUGUGCCUUCCAGAGACCAGCCUAUGCCACUUGAAGCCUGGUGUCCCAGAGAAGUGUGUGAGACAAAUCAGAUAGUGGGAUGUCGAAUAGUAGGUGAUGGUUCUCCCAAACCUGGACUCAUUGCAAGUUCAAAUAUGAAUGGAAGACAUUGUCGAAUGAGUUCUGAUCCAGUACUUCUACGAAAGCACAGACGUCACAAUUUGCCUUCUGAAGGUGCCAAGAUAUUUUCAAAUGGUCAUCUAGGAAAUGAAGAAUAUGAUGUCCCCCCACGGCUCUCACCACCACCUCCAGUUACCUCUGUGGUACCAAAUUUGAAGUGUCCAAUUCCUGUGAUAACUUCCCUCCCUGAAAAACCUAGGGAAUACGUAGAAGAAGAUGAAUACAAGAUUCCUUUAUCCCAUCCUGUAUCUUUGACCUCUCAGUCACCUCAUUGUCAUAAUAUAAAGCCUCACAUUCGUAUAUGUGAGAAUGGUCAGUGCUCUGGAAUAAGUAAUGAAAUGCACAACGCUGUCUCCGAGAUGAAAAGAUUGAAACAUCCAGAGAUGGGAGACACCUUUGAACCCACUGUUCCAAUACCUUUACCACCUGCACGGCCUCCUAUCAGGGACAUUAUGAAACAUAGCUCAGCACUCAACAGGACACCUUCUGAUUAUGAUGUGCUGGUGCACCCUUUAGGCGAAGAUGCAUCCGACAAUCCACCAACCUCUCUUCCUCCGCCGCCCCCACCCCCUGCACGUCACAGCCUCGUCGAUCAAACAAAGCCACUUGUUGCAGGGACCAGACCUCUCUCAGGGCAUGAACUGUACCUUCCCCCUGCAGACCUUUUCUUUGAUCCAGUAAAUGGCUUACUUUCUUUGCCCCCAGUUCGAAGAUUUACUGGUGAAAAUAUGAAAACCCACAGAACAUCCCAAGAGUAUGAUCAGCUUCCAUCAUGUUCAGAUGGGUCACAAGCACCAGCCAGACCUCCUAAACCGCUUCCUCGCAGGACUGCUCCAGAAAUACACCACAGGAAGGCACAUAACUCUGACACAUCUAUAGAAAAUGUUGAUGCAAAAAUUGCAAAACUUAUGGGAGAAGGCUAUUCCUUCGAAGAAGUGAAGCGGGCACUUGAAAUCGCCCAGAAUAACCUUGAUGUAGCACGGAGUAUUCUAAGAGAAUUUGCCUGUUUUCCUCCAGCAAUUUCCCCUCGCCUCAAUCUAUAGCAGUAAUGAGAAACCUUAGAGCAAGCAAAUUCUCCAUGCACAAGAGCAUGAACAUGAGCAAAUGGAAAAGGUGCAAGAAAGAGGUGCUCUUCCCUUGGCAUCUUCACAGAGCUGACUUUCAGCAGUCUUUCAAAACAAGACAACUGCUCAGUUCAAGGCAUAAGUGGAUUGAAUCGUCUGUAUUUUUGCUAGCCAUACUUUUUUGAAUCAGGGUUGAACUGACAAAUAAUUUAAAGUUGUUUACUACCCAUGAACUUUUAAUCUGUGAAAUGCUUUUUUCAUGUUUACAAGGUGGUGAGUGACCAUUUUCAAGCUGAUAGUCAUCCUGUGUUCUUCAUAUUUUCUAUGCUUGUGUGGUAUUUCCAACUAUUUUUAUACUGACUCGCCCUAUCAUCUGAGUUGUUUACUUCUUCCUAGGUGCGUGAUCUCCAUUUUUCUUUUUCAAGAAGCUUUAAUAUAUAUUUGCAUUUCAAUAUCAAGCAAAUGCAAGAAAAAUGUGGCCUUCACUACUGAUUUCCCCCCACCCCUGAAAAGUCUUUGCUGUUGAGAGAGAAAGUGUGAAUGUUUUAAUGCAUUGUUUUUGUCUUUGAACUGCCUUUUAAAAGUCAUUUUGACUGCAACAUUGAGCAGCUUUUCUUUGACACAUGGCUGGUAAGCUUCAAGGUCUCUAGAUGGUUUUGGUAGUAAAAUAAAAUUCACAAUAUUACAUUGCAUGGUGUGAGAAUUCCCUAGAAAAUACAAAGAAAUGUAAAUAAUUUCUGGCACAUACUUUAAAAAUCCAGUUUGUUUGAACUAUGCCCUUUUUUCCAUCAGGAGGUGUUUGAGAGUUACCCACAUUAUUAAUGCCUUGAAUUUCUUCAGGCAUAUAAAAUAGCUCAGAAUUGUUGAACUAUAUUAGCAGUGGUCAAGUAAAUUGCAUUCCUGUUUUCUGGAAAGCAGAAUUCAGAUAAGUUUCGGUGAGUGAUUAUUCUGAUUGAUCACAACUUUGGAGGCCAGUUCAUAUCAUCACAGAAACUUUUUAAUCUUUGCACUAUUGAGUCCUAAUGCUACUGCAGCACCAUUUUGGCAAAGCUUUUCAUUAAUUCAUACUAAUAUCUUAAACAUGUCUUCAGUGACCAGAUCAACUGAUUUCACCAUAUCUUCUUUCAUUGAGAUAACUCAAUAUUUUUUUUGCCUUGAAUGUCAUAAUGGUAUCCUAGACUGUGAUCUUCUAAAAUACAAACCAAUCAAGACCUUCAAGUUCUUAAAUGAAUUAUUCUUUCUCAAUUCCAAAAUAAGCCCAAAUGUGUGUUCAUUUCUCAAUAUUUAAACCUCCCUAUUUCCAUUAGUGCCAACACACUGAAAUCAUAGACCAGGGGUAGUCUGAGUGCUCUGAGUACAAUCUGAGAGCAGUUAUCUAUAAUCUUCUAGGGCCUGAUCCACGAAAUCUGCUGAAGAAACUGCUGUGCCAGAGUACCCAUAAACUGCAGAAUACCGCCAUUCCAGGAAGUCAUUGAGCCGGGUCUCACGAUCAUCCCGCUCUCCCCGCAGACGAUUACAGCGGGAGCCCUAGGCGGCCGGAUCAGCCGCCCACACAAUUGCCAGCUCCAUGACGGAGCUGGCAGGGGCUGGGGGUAGAGGGAGUCUAUUGGCCCCCGGAAGCUCCAGCAUGCCCUGCACUAGCGCGCAGGGCAUGCUGGCGAGACCCCCGGAGCUUUUCACCUCCCCUCCGGAGGUCUCCUUGUGAGUAGCUGCACCGCAGCUACUCAAGAUUUUUUAAAAACAGGUUUGUGGAGCGCUCGCUCGGCAAACCCAGUUUUAGGGGAGGGGUACUUGAGCGGGUUACCUGCUCUAGAACCACCAGGCUCUCAGCCGAGCCUGGUGGUUCACACGAUUGCAGAAAGCUAGCCCGAUUUUCUGCAAUCGUGUGAAUAGCCUCACAAACUUCAUGCCAUAAACUCCAGAAUACCUCCAAGCCAUAGAACUGGGGCAAUCAUGCCCUGUGCUGGGCUCUGCAUACACCCUGCACUGGCCAGUCUAAGAGAUGUUGCCAUGCAUUGCUGCCAUACAGUGGUUAUUGGAGCCAAUACAAGAGCACCCAAAUGCCUGAGCAGUCUCUACAGCUGUGUCAGACCCCAUACUUAUGCCCAUACAGGCACAUGCAGCAUCUACAGCAUCAUUUGGCCCUGUAGCUGAUCAGCAACUAGUUGGAGCAGUUGCAACCACUCCCAGAAAGCUCUGCUCCUAUUUGGAGGCAGACCAAUUUGAAGCCACUGCAGAGAGGUUUAAGACUUGUGCCCUUUGGGGUGCAUUGAUUUGUGGGUGAUUCCCUUUGUCCACUUCAUUCUUCAUUGUAAGGCCUGAGGGCCAGUGGUGGGCCCCCAUCAAACCUAAGUGCAGCUCCCUAGAUAAUUGUUUAUUGCUGAGAAGUGUAGCCCUUUCCCAGUGCUUUCCUCCUACAGUUCUUAAGAAAGCACUCUCCUAGCACUGAGAAAAGUGCAGUACUUUGCAGAGGUCAGCAACAUAGGAAAUGGCUCUCAGACUGCAGGGUUUUUCCAAGUGGCCCCUGUCUGAAAAAUAGUGAAGAUCACUGCCCUAGUCUUUUCAGUUGGUAUAAUUUUUGGAAAAAACUAUCACCUAGCAGAAUUUUAUCACAAUAUUACAUACAUUUAUUUUGGAGUUUAAUUUUUGUUACAAAAUGUUAAUAUAAUUUGCAUUAAAAUCUCAAAUAUUUCAUCUCAGCUCAGUUCCUAUAGAUUCUUACGAUGCAGGAGCACUUGAGCUAGAGCAUUUUUUUCUUCUCCAUGGUUUAAAUCCCAUUAAUUCAAAAAGUAAUUUUGAGUAAAUACAGUUGGUUAUUGUCUGUGUUCUCAUGAAGCUUCACAUCUGCUUGUUUUAGGCAAGUAGCUCUGAAAGUCUUGUUUUAAGCCUCUUUUUAAUGUGUAGAAACCUCAUAAAUAUGCUGCUAAGCUUGAAACCUGCAAUUCUCCUACAGAACUGUUUAAAAUCUGACACAUUUUUCAUUCAUAUGACAUUCAGUAUACAUUAUAUACUGUAACAAGGAAAACUACAAUUUAUGAAAUAAAAUAGCCAAUCAUAGUAGAAAAAAUAACAGAUUUUCUGGUUUAAGUGCAAGAGUUUAGGAAUAAUUGUGAAUUUCCCAGCCUUUGAAACGUAACAUUGUUGACUCAAGCCACUAUAAACUAGUAUAAGUAAUGGGUUUGUGUUGUGAAAUUUCUUGUCUUUGAGGAAAAUCAUCCCUAAACUGCACAGUCUGAGAACUCAGCCCAGUGGCUGAUCCUGACUAACGAAACACUGGUGCUUCUGAAAAUGUUCAACCAUUUUGGCUCCACUAUUGGCUCAGUGGUAGGGGCAAACUUUGACCUUCCCUUCCACUAGAAGCACCCUGAAAAUAUGUACCUAAGGGUCAUGCAGCCCUCGGGGACAUAUUUGUGGGUGAUAGAGGACUUCUUGGGAGGGGGAGGUUGUUGAUGUUGCUUCCACUAGAAGCACCCUGAAAAUAUGUACCUAAGGGUCAUGCAGCCCUCGGGGACAUAUUUGUGGGUGAUAGAGGACUUCUUGGGAGGGGGAGGUUGUUGAUGUGCAACUAGGGAUGUGCAUGAACCCGUGGUUCGAGCUCAUUUCAGGAGCGGGGCCUGGGAGCUUUAAGAAAGAGAGUAGGUCCUUACCUGCUCUCCACUGCCCCAUGCAGCUUCCUGCUGGGGUGGCAUGCGUCCCAAGAAGCCCUGCGCGGCAUCAGCAAGCACAUGGCAUCCGUGCAUGCGCAGGCACCAUUUGCGUGGUCAGCAUGGUGUUUCUGACCACUUAAAUGGCACCCCGCAUGCGCGGACACCAUGUGUGUGCUGAUUCCGCACAGGGCUUCUGGGGAUGCACGCUGCCCCAGCAGGAAGCUGUAUCGGGCGCCAGAGAGCAGGUAAGGAUUUUGUGCACAUCCCUAGUUGUUGAAAUUCUUUUUCUCCACAUGCUAACAUAGUUCACCAUUAGUCUGGAACUCUUCAGAGGCAUGGGUGCUAUACUGGUUCUUCUCCUGUUUUAGCUGUGCUCUGUUACUCAAAAUAUCAGCCAGAAAAUUUUGUAUUAAUGGGAUGACUUUGGAGUUUCUUCCAAAGGAUGUGAACACAUACUGGAAUGUGUUGUCCAUGCAGCAUGUUCAUGAAUCUUAUGAUCUUGAUCUGAGAGAAUACAAGAUUUACUUCACAAUAAUAUCCUUGAACAGGUUGCAGAUGUAUCAUAUUCCAGUAAAGCAUAUUCCUACCCAUGCCUCCACCAUGCCAAAUGUUUCCCCUGCAUGUGAAAAGCUGUGUCAGAAUCGCCCAGCAAGGCAUUUUUGUUAAUUAAGCCAAAUGGGAUUAACCAUUCCUUGAUGGAUUGGUGCUUACUGCACACAAAUGAGCAGCCUUAAGUCUUAUUCUUUACAAGGUUUUUGCAUUUCCAGAAAAGUUGUUCAUACAACUGCACGUACAUUAUAUUUAAGCAUACAAUGUCGUGCUUGUUAGCACAUGCUCCAAAUGAAUCCAAUUCAGAGUUUGGCAGAGUAUGUAAAAGACAUGCUAGAUUUAGAUCUGUGGUCCUGUUUCUGUGCCCAGGAGUCAAUACAAGAGCUUUAAUGAAUCAUCCCAACAUAUUUCCAGCUCCUGUUUUGCAUUUCAUUUCUUAGUAAUAAACUGUUUGAGUUGUUGAAUCAGAUGUUAGGGCACAUCAAUAAUGCAGAUACCUUCCAACAACAUGUAGCGCAAACAUACCCUCAAUGUCUGUUCAAAUAAAUGAACUGCCAUUUUAUUGGCUUGGUCGGUAUCUUUAAAUAGCCACUAGUCAAAUGCUAGUUUUGCUUGUAUUCUCAAGUGUGAGUCUGAGGAUUUUUCAUAAUGUGAAUUUAGGUUAUUUGUACCAGAAGCAUUUCUUCUAUUUUUGUUUCUCCUACUUCCAGUUUGAAGCUUUACUUUGCACUGACCUGGUAAAUGUUUUAAUUUGUGUCUUAAAGCUUGACAAAGUUGGAAGCAGACAAGUAUAUUUUAAAUCAGGUACUGCCUGUUGACCUGGAACGUAGUGCUUCUAGGACUGGUUUCUUGAAAGGACUGCAAUAGUUUUCAUUUUUGAAGGUUUAUCUUCUAAAUAACUAUUUUAUCUGAAAAUGCCUUUUAUAUACUUGUCUAACAUGUGGCAAACAUAGUGAUGUGAUCAAUUUAUAUUUUAUUCAGUGUUCUUUUUCAAUUCUGAAUAUUAUGUAACUCAAGUUACUUUAUCUGUUCUUGUAAGGUAUUUUAUAAAAAUUAAUGUUAACAGAA